AUGCCAUCAGGACGUUUCGCUGCAUUACAAGAGGAAAAAUCUGAUUCAGAUAAACCAAAGAAUGAAAAAGACGCUGGCGACCUGACGAUUCCAUCCUACGAAGAUUUGUCGUCACAUCGUGUAGAUGAAGAAACGGUUCUCGGCGCUGUGUAUGGCCCAGAUUUUUCGAAAGCGGAGGGCGCAUGGGGUUCAACGCGGCUGGAAGUGAAUGUACGGCCUCCUGAUCUUGAUACCGACAAGAUUGGAAGCACAUUGACCCUAUCAGUCCAACUUGGCAAAAAAUAUCCAUAUGUUGUCCCUGUAAUAGAGAUAAAAAAUGUGAACGGACUUUCAAAGAAUGAACAAUCGUCACUCGUGAAACAUCUGAGAGGCAGAGCUUCUGAACUCGCAGAGGUUGGAUCUGUUAUGGUUUGCGAAUUGGUUCAGGUUGCCGAGGAUUAUCUUCUCGACCACAAUACUGAUCCGAGCAUGUCAGCCUGGGAACAAAUGAAGGCCAGAGAAGCGAAAGAGAAAGCAGAAGAAGAGCGAGAGCAAAGGAAUAGUAUGGAGAAUCAAAGUUUUGAAACAAAUUCGCACUCAAUGACGGUGACUGAUGAAGUUGGCUCGCAACCAGACAACAUUAGGACUUUCACUCCAGCCGCCGACUUGGAACGAGAACUCGCGAGGCAAACAGAGGCAAUUGCAGAAAAUCGGCGGCGAAAACACCAAGGAAAUUUAUUAAAUCCGAAUCAGGAGGCUGAAUCGACUACUCACGUGUUCCUCUUUGGUGUCAACGAGGAUGACAACGAAGAUGAUUUCAGUUACGACGAUGACAGUUACAACGAAGGGGCAUUAGCUCCUCUCUCAGGUUCUAGCCGGUAUAAGGCAGACUUCAUCGAGUUAGGUGUACUUGGAAGAGGCGGAGGUGGUGAGGUAGUGAAAGUGCGGAAUAGAUUAGAUCGUCGAGUGUACGCUGUCAAAAAGAUUAUCCUAGAAUCAGAGCGUGGAAAAUUUGCAAAGUUUGGGGCCGUACAGAACCGGAAGCUUAGAAGAGAAGUGACUACAAUUUCUCGAAUGACACAUAAGAAUAUUGUUAGAUACUACCAAGCCUGGCAAGAGGGGAGCAGUGGUGGUGAAAACACCAUCUCAGAGGAUGACGAAAGCCUCGAAAAAUCGAUAGAUACAGGAAAGGACUUGGAGCAGUCCGGCAAGAUUUCUUCACGACCUAAGCGAGACAAGGGAGACGAUGACCAGGAAAGCGAUGACUGGAGUGAUGAAUCAGAUUCAUGUGUCCGCUCGUCUGGGUCUAGUUCAAGUUCACCUUGGCCUGAUGAGGACACAUCGUCAGGUCUUGGUGCUCUGUUGGAGUCUCAAAAGCUUCACAGGGGCUCUCUUGUAAACCUGUUAGAGCAAGAAAAUGAGCAUGGUUUUCAGAAUCCUUUACUAUCGGGACUUGGCUUUCAGAAUAUUUCAUAUCAUGGGUUGUAUGGUGACGAGAUGGCAUCAAGCUCUCCUGUGCAAAGCUCUGAUGGUGGAGAAUCGAUGUGGGACGAAUCAUCAGUCAAGGUUGAUCAUACGAAGAGCAAUCAACGCAUUUUGUACAUACAGAUGGAGUUUUGCUCUACAACCCUUCGCAAGCUCAUAGACGACCAAGCUCUGGUAAAUAUGGAAGUUUCCGAAAUGUGGCGUCUAACGCGGCAAAUCAUCGAGGCACUCGUGUAUAUCCACAGCCGCAACAUUAUCCAUCGCGAUCUGAAACCGGGAAAUAUUUUUCUGGACUCUGAAGGGAACAUUCGCUUGGGUGACUUUGGCUUGGCGACUCGGAGGCCUGAGAAACCUGACUUUGCCAUAGACGACGCAGCGUCUGCUGAGGCCAAUGCGAUCUACGAAGACAUUGUUGACAUUAGCCGGCUUGUUGGGAAAGCAGUCCAACCAUAUUCGAUGGUUUCUCAACCAUCGACGAUCCAUCCUUAUUCCAUGGUUUCCCAGCAAUCAACAGUUCAAGAAUCUAUAACUGGUGGUGUGGGUACUAUUGGAUAUAGAGCUCCUGAACAGGAGGCAUCUGCAUCAAAGGAAAAUAUAAAAGGUACAGGAUCGUAUAAUGUUCAAGUCGACAUGUACAGCUUUGGCAUCAUCCUUUUCGAGAUGUUCCAUCCACCUUUUGAAACGUACAUGGAGCGAUCCCAAACACUAGAAGAGCUCCGUGGGGAUGCGAUCAUAUCGGACAAAGAGCAAAGCCCAGAUGAUGACUUCUUCGCGAAGAGGGAAUGUCGAUUUCCCACCUCGUUUAUUGAAACGACACCGGAAAAUGCGCAAAGAAUAAUUCUAUGGUGCUUAGAACGAGAUCCAAAGCAACGUCCGACUGCACAGGAGCUAUUGAAGAGUGAAUUACUUCCAAGGAAAAUGGAAGUAGAACAGCGCUAUUUGGAAGAGGCUUUGCAGCUGCUGACUGACGUUCAAUCUGAAGGCUACAGCCAAAUCUUGGAUUCGCUUUUCAAACGACAAACCAGUGACUUGGUAGAGUUCACGUACGAUACGGACGUGGUUGUAGAAGCAAAUACUGUCAGGAAGUCGCAAAAAUCGAAGGGCAAAGUGGCGCCUUUUGCUGCUCUGCUACAAGGAAUUAAGGAGCUUCGAAUGUCAACAAUGACUUCUACACUUUCGAUGAACAAUGCUUCGCUUAUAGCAGCAACGCUAGCGCUUCAAAGGGCGCGAAAUGCAGGAAACGUUGGAAAAGGCGUUAAAGGAGUAAUGAAACGUUCUACACAGCGUGUAGCAGGUAUACUGGCCAUGUCAGCUGCAACCACCGCUGCCCUUGAGGGAAAUUUCGAUGGUAUGCUCGGCGCUGAUCCUCGAUUAGUCGAUUCAAUAAAGGAGAAGUUGUCAACAGUUUUCCUGAGCCAUGGCGCAGUACGUUUGAGGAAUCCGCUUCUGAGACCUCGCCCAGGCACAAAGAACACGAAAACAUCAGUCAGUGGACCAGCCGAGGUUUUGAACGCAAGGGGGUCGGUUUUACUCUUACCAGAAGAUCUGACAGCUCCAUUUGCUCGAGCGGUUGGUCGAGGAGGGGUGGCGACCUCUAACGUAAAAAGAUACGACAUUUCCAGAGUAUAUCACAAAAGUGCCGUUGGUGGGCACCCCAAAGAAUCACUUGAAGCAACCUUUGAUAUUGUGCAAGAUGAUCCAAGAAUAAAAGGGCAGCAUUUGGAGGCCGAGAUUAUCCUUUCAAUUUCCCAAAUAAUGAGUUCUAUCCCAAUACAUUCCGUCACAUAUGGAAGUUUGCCUGAAGGGUCAAGGUUGCCGAUGUGGUAUCUGCGUCUUGGCCACACUCGAUUGGCUGAUUCGAUCCUGGAGUUAUGUGGAAUUCCCGCGAAGGAGCAGGUGCGGCAAAUUUGUCUACAAAUGUUCAGCAGAUUGACCAGUCCCUCUCCAAGCACUUUGUGUCAUUUCUUUCGGUCACAACUACCAUUGAGGAGGAAGCGGUCAGAUAGCUGUCAGGUUGAAAACUCAAGAGAAGAAUUGUUGGAGAAAUUCCUGACUGAUCUACGAAGCCUUCAUGGCCUGGAAGCAUCCCCUGUGGAGAAUCUGCGUAUCUUCUUUAAGUUAUGUAUGCCAUUACCGUCCAAUGCAGAGGAAGCAGUUGCAAGACUUGCUUCAGCAGUUUCAAAUCUUCGACCUGAAAAUGCCGAAAUGGAGCGUCGAAGAAUUGGUCGAGAUAUCAAUAAGUUUCUCAAGUAUGUGUCGACACUCAUCCAAACGCUCCGCUCUGUUGGGAUCCAAACUAUGUACGGGGAAAAUGGGUCGAAUUCAAGAUUGAAUCAGCCACUCUUUGUCUCAAUAGAUUUGGGACUGCGACAAAGACGCAAGCAUUAUCAUGGACAGGUGCUUUUCCACUGUAUUGCACUACCUGCUGAUUACUUUGAUCAAAUUGGCUUGACUAUUGACGAACAGCAAUCGAGCGACAUGUUACUGUCGUCGGGCAAGGCAUUCAAGAUAGCUGAAGGAGGACGGUUUGACGACCUCGUUCGAAAAUCACGUCCUCCAGGAAAUUUUGGGUCUGCUCUUUUUCACGAUUACACAACAGCGUCUAUUCCCAAGUGUGUGGGAGUGAGGUUUUUGAUUGGAAGGUUGGUAGAGCUUGUAUAUUUGGAUGCUUCUUUAGCAAGCGCGAAUAGCACCACAGAUAAUUCUCUCAUCUCAGAUUCAACAAAAUUCAGCCUUGAUAAACAUGGCAUCGAUGUUUUGCGAACUAGCCUUGCUCAUCCUUUCAGCGCGAUACAAUCGCCAAUUCGAUGCAUUGUAACUGGGGCGAACACUCUUGAUGGUACAGAUUCCCUGGAAAGAUUAGUUGUGACAUCCCGCCUGUGGCUUGAAGGAAUUUCAGCAGAAUAUAUGACCCAGAGUGGAGUCAUCAAUAGUUUGAUCAAGGAGAGUCGUGAUGACGCAUACGGUGCUGUGACAACUGGAUGGUCGCUUGAAGAUGUUUGCGGUAUUUGUGCCAUCAUGAAGAUACCUUUUAUCGUCAUUGUUGAUCCACAUCUGUUCAAUGACAAGGGUACUGUCCGUCUGCGCCGUGUCUUGAUGAACGACGGUGUCGAAACAGUGCAGAAUAGCAACGACCACUCGGUGAGCGUCGAGAACUUGGCAUCAAUGAUACGGGAUUUGUCUUCCAAUGUGGGUGGUGGAGAAGAAACCGAUGAGGAACAAUCCGAUUCACUCGCCCAUCCUCUGAAUGCCGGUAAUCGUGACUCAAAUCGCGGCAUCUCUCCUUCGCUCGAUUGUAUCUAUGUUGAUCACGGGCAGUACUACGAUGAAACAGAUAAACAUCGGUCGUCUUCCAACUGGAAGACUGUGAAGAAAACCACGAAAGCAAUUGAACAACGAGCAGAAGGGUUUCUUUCUGCUUUCGUAAAUCCAAACUCGAAGACAUCAGGUGAAGCAAUACCAAUUUUUGCAGUCACUGAAAUUUCGUUCUUUACGUUGAGAGAGUUUGGGACUUGUCUGAUGAAACGCGAAAGAGAGCACAGCACAUCUAAGGCUUGUAGCGACGUGGCAGAAAGGCACCCGUCUCAAAAAAGAGCACUAAAGACUCUGGGAGGAGCAAUCGACAGCCAUAUGAAACGCACGGGAUUCUGGAGCUCAAGUAAUCAGACAGAUGCAAAGAGACGCUCAAUUCAGAUUCUACUAUACAGUACACAAGACGACCGCUUUGAUGUAGUGACAUUGGACAGUAUUGGUUUCUCAGAAGGGGUGUCAUCCGUUCAUCAUAGCAAAAAUCGAAGGAAGUAG